UCAGUGUCCGUAAAGGUGGACGUCGCUCCGUUGAACUACGGGACGAACCGGACCGUAGCAGUGUGCGGAACCAGGAGUCUGGGUUUGUAUAAGGUCCAAGUCUCCUUUAAUCCAAGCCCAGGUCCCGCGUGGACCCGAUCACACAUCUGAUAAACCACAGGACACGCGGGAGCGGAGCCUCCGGACUCGUCCGACAAGUUUUAUUGCUAGUUUUUCCAGACCGACCAAAACCCGUCCUUCCCAGUUUAAAGGGAACCGGUAGUUCUAAGAAGGAGACACCCGGAAACAUAACAGACCUCAGUUCUUCAGCUCGGAGCGCGGAGCGGAGGGAGAAUCUCAGACUAACACGUGGAGGAUGGAAACCCAAAGCCAGGCGGUGGUGGACAAGCUGCGCGCUGCGUUUCGCUCCGGCGUCACCCUCCCAGAGCAGUUCAGGCGCUCGCAGCUCACGCAGCUCAUGUCCAUGAUCAAAGACAACGAGGAGCAGAUUCUGGAGGCGCUGCACAAAGACCUGGCCAAGCCAAAGUUCGAAGCCGUUCUGUCCGAGGUCGACAUCGUGAUCAACGACCUGCACUACGCCCUCGCCAACUUGAAAAGCUGGAUGCAGCCGGAGUACGUGAGCAAGAAUCUGGCCACAAAGUUCGACGACUGUUUUGUGAGGAGGGAACCUUUAGGGGUGGUGCUGAUCAUCGGCGCCUGGAACUACCCCCUGCACCUCGUCCUCCUGCCCAUGAUUGGCGCCAUCGCUGCAGGAAACUGUGUCGUCCUCAAGCCCUCGGAGGUCAGUCCUGCCACGGACCGCGUGGUCGCAGAACUCGUCCCCAAGUACCUGUCUCAGGAGUGCUACGCUGUCGUUAGUGGUGGUGCAGAGGAAACCAAAGCACUCCUGCGAAAUCGCUUCGACCACAUUUUCUACACAGGUUCUCAGUCUGUGGCCCGCAGCAUCCUGCAGACAGCGGCCGUCCACCUGACCCCCGUGACCCUGGAGCUGGGUGGGAAGUGUCCGUGCGUGAUCUACGGCCAGGUGGACGUCGCCGCCGCCGCUCGCCGCCUGAUCUGGUCAAAGUUCUUCAACGCUGGCCAGAGCUGCGUCGCUCCAGACUAUGUCCUGUGCUCGCCAGCCACGCGGGACGCUCUCCUGCCUGCCGUGAAGAAGAGCCUGGAGGACUUCUACGGUAAGGAGCCGCAAGCCUCUCCUGACUUCUCCCGCAUAGUGUCGGAUCGACACUGGACACGUCUGGUGGAGCUGCUGAAGAAGACGAGCGGAAGGAUUGUUGUCGAAGGAGAGAGCAACCAGAAGGACAAGUACAUCGCUCCUACAGUGGUGGUGGACGUUUCUGAGGAUGACAUCCUGAUGAAGGAGGAGAUCUUCGGCCCGAUCCUGCCCAUCCUCACCAUCGACUCUUUAGAGCAAGGAAUCGACUUCAUCAACCAGAGGGAGAAGCCGCUGGCUCUUUACGUCUUCUCCAACGAGUCCUCCGUGGUGAACACGGUGCUGGAGAACACAAGCAGCGGAGGAUUCUGCUCGAACGAUGGGAUCCUCCACAUGACGCUGCCGGGCCUGCCCUUCGGGGGAGUGGGUGCGAGUGGAUGGGGCAGUUACCACGGCCGCUGGGGCUUUGAGACGUUCACCCACAGACGGGCUGUGAUGCUGCGUGGUUGGGCUCUGGAGCGACUCAACGGUCUGCGCUACCCGCCGUACGCCGACGACAGGCUGAGCUGGCUGCGCUGGACCGCGUCCCCCAAGUCGAGCUGCUCCAUACUGUAACAGGGCGUUUUACAUCGGCAGCGUGAGGAUGAUGAGAGCGUAGCAUUGGUAAUAGUUUAUUAGUAUCUGUUUUUAGGACAUUUUAACCUUUUUGUCAAACUUGUGGAUGCUGGUUUUAUAUGUUGUGAAUAUCUUUUGGCCAACAGGUUUAUUUUCUGGUGUUUUAACCUUAAAGUACUAAAUAAAAUUAAAUAUUCUCA